CUAUUAUAAUUAGCAUGGGGGUGAUAGGAAUAAUUAACUCCCAUUAUUUUAUUAUUACAAACACACAUGACGGCAAUCUAUUAUAAUUAGCAUGGGGGUGAUAGGAAUAAUUAACUUAUAUUAUUAUUAAUAAUAAAUAUUACAAAUGCACACAUUAUGCCAAUCUAUUAUAAUUAGCAUGGGAGUGAUAGGAAUAAUUGACUUCCCUUAUUAUUACACACACAUAAUUAUCUCACACAUGUACACACAACAUAGUAAGUCCCAACAAUAUAUUAUGAAUCCUAUAUAGUCCAAAAAAAGUAACUUUUUUCCAGGCUUUAUAUUCGCUUUCUUUAGCCACUCUUUUGACAAGGGAGUAGACAGACAUAAUUAACUCAGAAGUGUUGCAUCCAACGUCACUAAAUCCUUAGGCAAAGUCUAUGGGCCACAUGGCGCUGUUUCUCUAUGGCGGGAGGAGGCCGCUCUAGCCUUCCAUCUCGAUGGUGGGAAGCUCCCUCCAAUGGCGCUCCCCUGACGUCACUAGGGGGCGGGGCCAAACCCCUUUUAAUCCCGGAAGUGUGAUCAGAUCAGCGUGUUUCUUAGCAACUCAGCCCCCUUGUCUAUCAGUCUAUCAUCAGCCAUGGACGUGGGCUCGGGACCCCCUUCGACGGGGCAAGUCGUGCUCUUGGCCACCAGCUCGGCCCUCUCCGCCCUCCUCUACGCCCUGUACCGGCACAAAGCCAAAGCCGUCAGCAGCCUCAAGGGAGCCAAAAAAGUCAAUUUAGACCAAGAUCUGAAGCCUUUCCUGAUGGAAGCUCCAGGGAAGUGCGUCCCUUACGCCGUGAUCGAAGGUGUUGUUUGUUCCGUGAAAGAGACCCUGAGCAGCCAAUUUGUGGACGAUUGCAAGGGAGUGAUUCAGCGGCUGACGCUGCGGGAGCACAAAGUGGUCUGGAACCGGACCACACACCUCUGGAACGAUUCGGAAAAGGUCAUCCACCAGAGGACCAACAGCAUGCCCUUUGACCUGGCCCCCCGAGAGGUGGGGCGUGAGGUGGCCGUGCGUGUCUGGCGGCCCUUGGAGGCGGUGGAGCUGAGCCUGGAGCCGGUCUACGAGCGGUUCCACCCUUCGGCCCAGUCCUUUGCGGACGCCGUGGGCCACUACAUCAGCGGGGAGCGGCCCAAGGGCAUCCGGGAGACGGAGGAGAUGCUGCGCGUGGGGGCCUCCCUGACCGGCAUCGGGGAGCUCGUCCUCGACGGCGACGGCGCCCUCCGCCUCCAGCCCCCCAAAGCGGGCCUGCGCUACUACCUCUCCGGCCUGGGCUUCGAGGCCUUGCUGCGCAAGCAGGAGUCCAGCCUGCGCCUCUGGAGGCUCCUGGCGCUCGGCUGCGGACUGGUCGCCUGCGCCGCGCUCUUCUUCGUCCUCCGCAAGCAGCUCCGGUGGCGGAAAGAGAAGCGGCGGAUGCGGCGGGACCCCAAGGCCUCCGGGGGGGAAGCCGGCGCUCCUUGCGUGGUCUGCAUGGCCCGGGAACGCUCCUGCGCCUUCCUCGAGUGCGGACACGUCUGCGCCUGCCUCCAGUGCUACGCCGCCCUGCCCCGCCCCCCACGCUGCCCCGUCUGCCGGCGGGAGAUCGCUAGGGCCGUCCCGCUCUACAACAGCUGAGGACCGACCCCGGAACCCCCUUCUUCUCACCAUCGGAUAUGGGAAUUAUGGUUUCUUUCUUCUUGAAACGGCCUCCGGAACCCCUUCUUAUCCCUAUAUCCACCCUGAGUACCCCUGGAACUGGCCCCGGAACGGACCCCGGAACCCCUCCAUCACACCAUUGGAUAUUGGAAUUAUGGUUUCUUUCCUCUUGAAACGGCCUCCAGAAUCCCUUCUUAUUCCGAUAUCCACCCCGAGUCACCUCGGAACCGACCCCGGAACGGACCCCGGAACCCCUUCUUCUCACCAUCGGAUAUUGGAAUUAUGGUUUCUUUCUUCUUGAAACGGCCUCCGGGACCCCUUCUCAUCACUAUAUCCACCCAGAGUCACUUCGGAACCGACCCCGGAAUGGACCCCGGAACCCCUUCUUCUCACCAUCGGAUAUUGGAAUUAUGGUUUCUUUCUUCUUGAAAUGACCUCCGGAACCCAUUCUUAUCACUAUAUCCACCCUGAGUACCCCUGGAACUGGCCCCGGAAUGGACCCCGGAACCCCUCCAUCACACCAUUGGAUAUUGGAAUUAUGGUUUCUUUCUUCUUGAAAUGACCUCCGGAACCCAUUCUUAUCACUAUAUCCACCCUGAGUACCCCUGGAACUGGCCCCGGAAUGGACCCCGGAACCCCUCCAUCACACCAUUGGAUAUUGGAAUUAUGGUUUCUUUCCUCUUGAAACGGCCUCCAGAAUCCCUUCUUAUUCCGAUAUCCACCCCGAGUCACCUCGGAACCGACCCCGGAACGGACCCCGGAACCCCUUCUUCUCACCAUCGGAUAUUGGAAUUAUGGUUUCUUUCUUCUUGAAACGGCCUCCAGAACCCCCUCUUAUCACUAUAUCCACCCAGAGUCACUUCGGAACCGACCCCGGAAUGGACCCCGGAACCCCUUCUUCUCACCAUCGGAUAUUGGAAUUAUGGUUUCUUUCUUCUUGAAAUGACCUCCGGAACCCAUUCUUAUCACUAUAUCCACUCCGAGUACCCUCAGAACCGACCCCGGAACGGACCCCGGAACCCCUUCUUCUCACCAUCGGAUAUCGGAGGAAAAUACGGACAAAUUAUGGUUUCUUUCUUCUUGAAACGGCCUCCGUAUCUCCUUAUCACUAUAUCUGCCCUGAGUCCUCUUGGAACGGACCCCGGAACGGACCCCAGAACGGAUCCCGGAAUGGACCCCGGAACCCCUUCUUCUCACCAUUGGAAAUCGGAGGAUAAUUUGGACGAUUUACGGGUUCUUUCUUCUUGGAACGGCCUCUGGAACCCCUUGUUAUCACUAUAUCCACCCAAGUCCCCUUGGAACCGACCCUGGAACGGACCCCGGAACCCCUUCUUCUCACCAUCAGAUAUUGGAGAAUAAUUCAGACGAAUUACGGGUUCUUUCUUCUUGAAACGGUUUCCGGAACCCCUUCUUAUUACUAUAUCCACCCCGAGUCCCCUCGGAAUCGAGCCCGGAACGGACCCCGGAACCCCUUCUUCACACCAUCGGAUAUAGGAGGAUAAUUGGGACAAAUUAUGGGUUCUUUCUUCUCGAAAUGACCUCCGGAACCCCUUCUCAUCACUAUCGGGGAGACAGGGUGGAAUGUAAACAAAGUUUAUUAUGAUAGGAGAUUGGAGGAUAUUUUGACCGAAUUAUGGAUAUUUUUUUCUCUCCCCAAAAUGGAUUUUGGACCACCUUUUUCUCACCAUCAGCUAUUGGAAGACACUUCGGACAAAUUAGGCAAUUAGAGGAUACUUUGGCUGAAUUAUUGAUAUUUUUCUCUCUCUCCAGAACGGACUCCGGAACCCGUUCUCUUUCCCAUCGGAUAUUGGAGGACACUUCGGACACAUUACAAAUAAAAGUUUGUGUGUGUCGAAAAUGUUUUAUUUUUGGCUUUUCCCUUGUUUGAUGGAGAGUGAAGGAUCCCCAGUUUGGGUGGGAUUUCCACCCAGUUCCCAUUAUAGUUUUCACGGAUUCGCGGUUUUUCAAUAAACUCUAAAAGACUAUUAUGAAUCAUAAAAAAUUACAAUUUUCAGCCUACGGAAGAAGAGAAAAGGGAGGAGAAGGAGGCGAUUUAUCAACACACGAUGGGUUGGUAAAGACUUAAAAUAGUGUUUAAAACAAUGUAUAAAUAUUAAAAUAAAUAUAGUGUCCCUACUUUGC